CACCUCACCAAUCCCAGAUUCCCAGUAUUUCUUAACAAAAGCGUUAUACUUGUACUUCCACAAUUACAAUUUCUCAACAUCUAAUUACGUACCAAAAAAGAAAAAGAAACUUUAAUCAAUUCAAUGGAGUUACAAUCCAAUCUAACAUGCCAAAAUCUCCCAACCAUCUUCUCCUCUUUCAUUGACACAUUCGUCGAUUUCUCUGUGAGUGGAGGCCUCUUUUUACCCCCACAGCCAACAAUCACUUCAUCACCAAACCAAACUAUAUUCCCUUCUCCUAAUCGUUUAAUUGCAAUAGGUGACUUACAUGGUGAUUUCCAAAAAACCAAACAAGCCUUCAAACUUGCUGGCUUAAUUGAUGACCAUGACAAAUGGUGUGGUGGGUCCACUACAGUUGUUCAAAUAGGUGAUGUACUUGACCGUGGUGGCCAAGAAUUAAAGAUUCUUUAUUUUCUUGAAAAACUGAAAAGAGAAGCUGCUAAGGUAAAUGGUAAUUUAAUUACUAUGAAUGGUAAUCAUGAGAUUAUGAAUGUUGAUGGUGAUUUUAGAUAUGUUACUAAAGAGGGUCUUCAAGAAUUUCAAGAUUGGGCUUUUUGGUAUUGUAUAGGCAAUGAUAUGAAAGAAUUAUGUGAUGGUUUUGAUAAAGAGUGUGUUAAAGCUCCAUUUUUGGGGAUACCCUUUGAGUUUCAUGGCGUAAAUCAGGAGUAUUUUGAUGGUAUUAGAACAAGGAUUGCAGCGUUAAGGCCAAACGGGCCGAUUUCGGAGAGGUUUUUGGGAAAGAAUCAAACAGUUGUUGUUGUUGGUGAUUCUGUGUUUGUUCAUGGUGGACUUUUGACUAAACAUGUGGAUUAUGGAUUGGAGAAUGUGAAUGAGGAAGUGAGGGAUUGGAUUUGUGGGGUGAGGAGAAGAGUUUCGAGGGAUUUGGUGAGGGGGAGAAAUUCCAUUGUUUGGUUGAGGAAGUUUUCGAAUGAGUUGGCGAAGGAUUGUGAUUGUUCUACUCUUGAACACGUGCUUGCUACAAUUCCGGGAGCGAAAAGGAUGAUAAUGGGACAUACAAUUCAAGAAAGUGGGAUUAAUGGGGUUUGUGAUAACCAAGCCAUAAGGAUUGAUGUAGGAAUGUCAAAGGGAUGUACUAAUGGAUUGCCUGAGGUUUUAGAGAUUGAUAGGGAUAAAGGGUUGAGGAUUUUGACAUCAAAUCCGUUGUAUCGAGAUGUAAAGGAGAGUUCUUUGGAUGCUAAACCUAGGGAUGGUCUUGGUUUGCUGCUCCCUGAAUUAGGACCAAAGCAAGUUGAGGUGAAGGCAUAAUUAGAUGAUUGAACUCUUGAGGAUCUAAUAUUUUCUUUGGGAACUCAUGGGGACUGUAUUUCUUCUUUGCUGGUAUGAUUCUUCUGUCACUUAGUGUACGAUCAUUGUGGAGUGAUAAGAAAAGGUAUUGUUUUAAUUUGGUUUAAUGGUUCAGUCACUGUGAAAUAGAUAUUAGCUCAAUCGAAAAGUUUCUCUGCUACUUGAAUACUACUGAUUACUCAAUUUACUCUUUUUGUUCUUUGUUCUGUGUUUUAGUAUUAUCUUCCUUUCAUUUCCACUAGAUAUUGGCAUUUGCCACAUAUACCCCCCAUGUGCUCCUACGAAGUCCUUCUAACCACUCAUAAGGCUUACGAUGCAUUGUUGUUAUUACAAUCCUUGAGGCCGAAAUUGCCAAACGAAUAUUUUCAUUCUGUAGCCGAAGGGCCGAGUCCAAAGCAGAGAACUGAGUCCAUUAGUAGUCUUUUUUUUUUUAAACUAAAAAGUGGACUGAUUGGUGGCAGAAGUUUAGAUAUCCAUACAAACUACAUUACUACAUAUUCAUAAAGGCAAGAUGUCUGGUGAUUCUGCUUAGCUGGUUAUUUUCUUUUUGUAUAUUUUCUUCAGCCAAAGAGCGAAGAUAUGUUAACAAAGGCAGCUUAGAGGUGGAACCUCUUAUUGAAGAGUUCUAAAGGAAACCUUUUCGCUAUGAUUUUGAGGACAAUUUUCCGUACUCAAUGGAAAAGUACUGCAGAUAAGAAGUCUUAAAGUAGCUUAAGAUCUUGUUUUUUUCCCCCAAUGUUUUUCUAUUUCUCUCAAGCCAUAUGGAUCAAGCAGUUAGAAAUGGAUCAAGAUAUGAUGCAUAGAGGUUCCCUUUUUGACAGGCUUUAAACAAGUACAUCUAUACCUUCUCACCUGAGGUUUGGGAAUUAGGGAAACUGAAAAAGUGUAAGAAUGGAUUCCUAGUAGUAUUCCAAACCACGCUCCAUCUUGACUUUUAUUAAGUGUUGCUUUCUUGCCACAGGACAUGGAAGCUUUCUCCAUGAGGAGCUUCUUAACACCAAUGAUCUUGCCAAAACCUGCCACUUCACCUUGCCAAACUUGUCCUAAGUAAUGUUGAUGAAUGUGUAAAUAUGCCACGGAGUCAAAGUAUCAAAUGUACAACUUGUUGCUUGAUUUAGCCAUAAGAGUAGUUGAUUGAUUUUUGAUUUAAGUAUGAUAGUAAAACUAAUGUUAUGUUAGAUUGAAUAAAGUUUUGAUAUAGGCUAAGGGUAUUAUCAAUAACAAAUCUUUUAUCCAAUUUGAACCAAAUACGUGUUUAGAACUAUAGAUUGCACGGUACAUAUAUUUAAAUAUGGUACAAAGAACCAAACAUCAGAUAGUAAAAAGGAUAAUCCAUUGAUUAAUCAAUGCAUUGUAAUUCCUGCAUUAUGAUCCAAGUAUGACUUCCACCUGGAGAUCCCGUGUUCAAAAACCCAGUUACAACAUUUGGUGUGAGCUGAUCUGCUUUAGCAUUAGUACAAACAACUAUUUUGGCAACCUGUGCUUGUGAGCUGGAUAAGCUGCCCGGUAAAUUAUUCAAGAUGCCUAGAUGCUGACACGGACGCUAUCACUAUCCAAAAAAGAGUUACAAGUAUAAAGUAUAACUUGUCUGUAAAUCAAUCGACUCCUAAGAACAAAAAAUAUUGCUGGCCUUUUCCUGUGCAUGAUACAGAUGACUAAGCUAUGGUUUCCAGUCUAUCAGGGGCAUGAUUUAUGCUGAUGAUUGUGUGCCUAGUCAUUAGAUGCCAUUCGUAGCUAGGCAUAUGUGAGCAUAGUGGGAACCUCGAUGUACAACUAAAUGUUGGUAAACAAUACUGAUGCUGUAAGAGUGUCGUUAUAUAACUAGUCCUGCUGACAAUUAUUCCUUUCAUGACCCUUAUCAGUUAUCAACAUUUAAUAAACUGCUUUCUUGUCAUUUAAAUUCCAGUCAGAUUUGGAUGUUGAACUGAAAAGUGGAAUGUUACAUUUAUCAUGUUUCUUCAUAUUGUCAUAAAGCUCUUCAUCCAAGGUGGAGAUUGUUUUGUGGCAGCUAAAUGCUAUUUUAUGUGGUAUUUACAGAUUUAGAGAUGGAUAGAGAAAAACCUUUGUGAAAAUAUUUGUUGGAAGAAAUCUCUUGGAUAUGUUUGUAUGAAAUAGUUGAUAAUGGUGAUGUAUUAAGCUAGAAUGUUAAAGCUGAUUACGAGUCUGCAGUCUAUUGGAAACAGUGUUAGUUCUUGCAUAGUAGUUGCUCGGAGAAGCAUAGAUACCUUUGGUGUUUUAAGUAGUUCUAUGGUCUUGAAAAAACUCUAUGUGUUAUGUUCACACUUCCCAGAAACCAUUGCUUUUGUUGGUAAUUUAUUAGUAUUUUCUUUUUUCAAAUAUUUGCUACUUUAUUUUUUUUAUGUCAAAGUUUAGCUGACUUUUCUUGUAGCAGAUUUAGGAUUUAUCCUCUACUGUCAAACUGAAAAAAGAAUUAUUUGGAGACCUUGGUUGGGUUGCAUUUGUCGUCGAACACUUUUGCUUGUAGUUAUUCAUCUGGAAAGCGAGCUUCUAUUAGAAAGUGACAGGAAUGGAUGUUUUUGUAGGAUGCUAGAUCAAGAUUCUUUUAGAGAUUCUGUCUUCGAUGAGUCACGAUGUUGUAAUAUUCCUCUCGUUAAGCGAGCUUCUAUUGGUUCGUUGUUAAAUAUCUUGAAGAUCUGAAGUAAUACUAAACUUCUUAGAUGUUCUGAUGCACUUAUUUGGAAGCUCUGGUGACUUCAGGGGACCAGUAGAUCAAAUCACUACAGAGCUGUGUCAUCCUUCAAUCUAUAGCAUGGGAAUGGAGUAUGGUACCGUGCAGCAAGUGAUUCACGUGUAAAGGAAGUGAAGAAGAGGUCAAAUUAUAUGCUUGUACGCUGCCUGUCAGCAAGGAAGCUAUAUAGAGUAUGUUUCUCAGCUUUAUAUAACUUUCACCUUGAUAUAAUGUCAAGAAGAGUGAAAAAGCUUGUAGAGGAAUUGAAGGUUUUUGAGGGGACAAUAAGUUUUAUAUACAAAGGCAGAUAUAUAGGUAUGUGUCCUUUGGCCUCUUGGCUUAAAAUGACAUGCAUAUGAAGUUAACUCAUUGCUAUAGUUCCUGAGCUGUAUGAAAGUGUCUGUGCUUCUUUGUUGACAACAGCUGCAGAUGUUGUUUCUGUCAAUGUUAACACUCUGCAGAUGGUCUGAAAUUACAUUUGUCUUUAACCAAAAUCUUGGAUGCAGUUGAAUAGUUUAUUGUCAUAAUAUUAAAAGACAAAAUCAUACGCAAGUAUAAUGAGGAUUUCAAGGCAUCAAAAAACGCCAGUUUUCUCC